AUGGUCUCUACUAUGAUGAGUGUUAUUGGGUUACUUGUUUUCAUGACUGUAUGCAGCAGAUUAGAUGCAGCUAGUAUCAAAGAUCGAUGUCCUUUGCCAUCAAACUUGAAGAAUAAUUAUGAUUACGACUGGAAAUCAAAAUCACACGAAUGGCAAAAUACCAAAGCUAUGCCCACUUUUCUUCAACUUGUUCUUUCUUGGACACAAACAUUUUGUGAAUCUCUUCCUCAGUAUGCUCAGAAUACAGAAUUUCAAUGUCGUAACCGUAAACACUUUGGUUUGGUUGUCCAUGGUUUAUGGCCACAAGCUUCAAAAGCAAAUUCUGUUCGAGCACAUCCUCGUAAUUGUCGAAAUGAAAAACAACUGAAUGCAACACUGGUCAAACGAUAUUACUGUAUGAUGCCUGAUGAAGAUCUUAUCCAAUCGCAAUGGGAAAAACACGGUACUUGCUAUUUUAAAACAGCAACUGAGUAUUACCAAACAAUUGAGAACUUGUAUGGUUCAUUGAAUAUUCCUGACAUUGCGUCAAUGAAGAAUGUUACAGCAGCAAAUAUUAAAAGUACAUUUUUGACAUUGAAUCCCACAUUAUUCGCAUCAGCUAUUCAAGUGUCAAUGGAUUAUGAAAAUCGCUUGAAAGAAAUCAAGAUAUGUUACGAUUUAAAACAAAAAUUUGUUCGCUGUUCUCUGUAG